AUGUCGUUCGGUGUAAUGACUUACAAUAUCCGUAUGGAUACACCAGCAGAUGGUCCAAAUCAAUGGCACCGACGUAAAGAUCGUGUCGUCAAUCUAAUUCGUCAGUGUGCACCUGGUCUACUUGGUGUUCAAGAAGCUCUAUCACAACAGAUGUCCGAUCUACAAAGUAAUUUGUCUGAUUAUGGUUCCUAUGGUGUAGGUCGAAAUGAUGGUCGUGACAGUGGCGAGUUUUCUGCUGUCUUCUAUCGUCACGAUCGCUUUGAACUUGUUGACAAAGGUACUUUCUGGUUAUCGGAAACGCCAGACACACCUGGUAGCCGAGGUUGGGAUGCUGCUCUGCCUCGUAUCUGUAGUUGGAUAAAACUUAGAGAUCGUUUAACCGGCAAGGAACUUUGCUAUUUCAAUACACACUUUGAUCAUGAAGGAAAUACUGCUCGGCGAGAAAGUGCUCGUUUCAUUCUAACUCGCAUCCAACAAAUCGCUGGAUCGACCAUACCUUCAAUAUUAACUGGUGACUUCAAUACAGGGCCUCAAUCCGAUGCCUACCACACAAUUCUAUCGACAGACGUGCUCAAAGACGCUAAGUUAUUAUCCGAAUCAUCUCAUUCGGGUCCACAAGGUACUUGGAGUACGUUUCAUGUAGCUAGUGGCAUAGGUGAUCGAAUUGAUUAUAUUUUUAUUACUCCAUCGCAUUUCAAAGUAUUGAAACAUGCUCAUUUGACUGAAUCCGACAAUAACUAUUAUCCAUCGGAUCACUUACCAGUUCUUGCAGAACUAGCAUACAAUAGUUGA